CUAAAAAAUCUGGCUUUGCUUGUAACCUUGUAUAUCAAAAUGGCUUCUGUCUUGGUGGCCAAGGCCACUGCUAGUUCGUUAGGACGUAAGUCUAUGUCAGGUCAAACAUGGUACCAGGUGCCAAGAGCUGUUGGAUGCAUCAUCAUUCAACAAAGAGAUGCAUCUACUAAUGUUCCUACAAAGUUGUCAUCAAUGAAGCGAGGAACAGGGGGUCGAAGCUCAUUUAGUGGCAUUGUUGCCACUGUAUUUGGUGCUUCUGGCUAUCUUGGAAAAUAUGUGUGUAAUAAAUUAGGUAAAAUUGGUUCCCAAAUCAUCAUCCCCUAUAGAGGUGACCAGACAUACAUUGAAAGAUUACGUUUAACAGGUGAUCUGGGACAAGUACUCUUUUUCCCAUUUGAACUGAGGGAUGAAGAGUCCAUUAGGAAAACUGUCCAGUACUCUAAUGUUGUGAUAAACCUUGUAGGCAGGCAGUAUGAAACCAGGAACUACAAUUUCCAUGAUGUUCAUGUCGCUGGCGCACGUAGAUUAGCAAAGAUUUCAAAAGAAUGUGGUGUGGAGAAAUUUAUUCAUAUAUCUCAUUUGAAUGCUAAGGCAGAGCCACAGAAAGUUUGGGAAACUUCUAGAAUUUUGAAAACAAAGUAUGAAUCAGAAUUGGCAGUUCGUGAAGAGUUCCCUGAAGCAAUUAUCUUCAAGCCCUCUGAUAUGUUUGGUGCUGAAGAUAACUUCCUCAACUAUUACACAAACAGAUUAAGAUGGAGCUGGUAUGGUAGAUUCUCGCUUUUUUCUGAUCAUAUAAGGGGUAUUCCACUGUGGCAAAGAGGAGAACGAACAAUUAAACAACCAGUUUUUGUUUCUGAUGUUGCUGAAGGUAUCAUUAAAGCUAUUCAAAAUCCAGACAUGGUUGGCCAAACCAUCCAAUGUGUUGGGCCUCAGCGUUACUACUUGGCUGAUAUUGUAGAUUUCAUCAUUAAUGUAGUCAGACGUGAGGAUGUGUUGGUGAGAUCUGGUUAUAUGUUUGUGCCUAGAUUGAGAGCUAAGCUAUACAACAGUCUUCCUAUGGGGAGGUGGUAUAACACAGAGAAGUUAGAGAUGGAAGCAUUGACAGACUGGACAGUUCCAGGAAACCUUACCCUGGAGGAUUUAGGUGUAACUCUAACUCAGUUUGAUGACAUGGCUAGGUUCUUUUUGAAGAGCAAACGCAGAUUUGCAUACUACCAGGAAGAGUUGGGAGAAUUUGAUGAAGCCCCUUCCCCAAAACCUGCAGAAUUCUACCAAGACAAAUCACUUCAGAUAAGAUAAUUAAAUUGCAGAAGAAUUAAGGAAUUAUAAAUACUGGCUACAAAUAUAUUAAGAAUUUUUUUGAAACUCACUUUUAAAGCAAGUAUCAUAAGAUUUGUGACAACUGUUACAGCUAAACAAUACUAGAUAUUCAGCUCCAAUUGCUUGUACAUUACAUUUUAGAUUAAAUACAGCUAAUUGAGAGCUGGGUUCAAACUGUGCAUUACUUGCUAAUGUAACUUGUAGAUAAUUAUGGUCAAUUCUGGUUGUCCAUGAUAAAGAAUUAGGUUUACUGUUCACGAUUAAUAUCUGUAUUUAAAAUAAUAUUUGACAUGUUUUUAAAUAGGAUAUUAAAGUUGUAUAAAUUUAAA